UAAGGUUGAAAUAAACCCAGCAACAACAUAAAUGAAAGUAUUUUUUCAUCCUUAAAUAUAAAAGGCAACUAUUUAACAAUUCCUACCUUCAAUCUCUGUACUUACAAUGUUGUGUUUAAAGGCUGUCUUAGUGUAACUUUCAACAAGGGACCUCACCUCCCAUCCUCCAGCACCUCCUCACCAUGUGUUCAAAAAACCUUAAAAAAAAAACCCCAAUUUUCUCUCAGAUAAAUACAACAGUGAUACACAAUCUUAGUUAUUUAAACCAAAAAGAAGUUCAAAAUAUGACUGUGCCCGUCCACAAACAGCAAACCAAAGCUUCAUUUUGUGUGUUAAAGUGGGUUAAGGUGCGAACAUGUUCCAAGGAUAGAGGGUGGAUCUGAUUUCCCCUGGUCAUCGCUGCCAUGCCGGAGUUCACCAGCUGUCCCAAACAGUCAGGCUGACAGAGCAGCCCUCAGCAUGGCACGCGCAUAAACACUUCCACAAACCAAACACAGUUGCACUCGCAAACAGAGACGCUCAAACUCCGAACUGGAAAUCACCGCCAAAACACUCUGAAACGGGACUAUAAUUCCGACCAAAUCGGAGGUGAGGCCUCGAGAUCUGGAAGAUCCAGAUCCACUGACCUACAAAGCUCCAGUCGCCACCAACAGGGAAGCCAAUUCACGCUGGCCUGAACAGGAGCACCCCUGCUGAAAUACUUCCACUAACAACAUGGACCAGGAGGAUGACAAAAACUCGGUGGAUAUUCAUGACAACCCGCCGGCUCCUGACAACGUAGUGCGGGAGGACGGAGACACAGUCUACUUCAUAUAUGAGGAGGAGGUGGAGGUGGAGGAGAAGGAACCAGAGCCUCCUCCUGAGCCCGUCGUGCUUGUUAAUGACAAACCCCACAAGUUCAAGGACCACUACUGCAAGAAACCGAAGUUCUGCGACGUCUGUGCGCGAAUGAUUGUCUUGAACAACAAAUUUGCAUUGAGGUGUAAAAAUUGUAAGACCAACAUCCACCACUCCUGUCAGUCCUACGUUGAAUUCCAGAAGUGUUUUGGUAAAAUACCACCUGGAUUUCGGCGGGCGUACAGCUCCCCUCUGUACGGCAGUGACCAACCAGAUCCGAAUAACCCAAACCGGAAUGACCCCGUCUUCGACACGCUGCGGGUCGGAGUCAUAAUGGCGAACAAGGAGCGCAAAAAGAACGAGAACGACAAGAAAAACAUGAUGAUGAUGAUGGAGGAGGAGGAAGAAGAGAAUCAGCAGCCCAAAGAGAAUGAGGAUGGGGGAGAAGGGAAGCCGGACGAUAAAAAGGAGAAAGGAGGGGAAAAGGCAGAUGACAAGAGCAAAGGAACCUUCUCCCAGUCCCACUACUACCUGGCCUUGUACCGCUUCAAAGCCAUAGAGAAGGAUGACCUCGACUUUCACCCCGGUGACCGGAUCACAGUUCUGGAUGACUCCAAUGAAGAGUGGUGGAGGGGAAAAAUGGGUGAGAAGACUGGCUACUUCCCCACAAACUACCUCAUCAAAGUGCGAGCAGCAGAGCGGGUUUUCAAGGUGACUCGCUCAUUUGUGGGGAACAGAGAGAUGGGACAAAUAACCCUGAAGAAAGAUCAGGUAACUCCACCCAAACUCACGCAUGAAAGCAGCCGCUGCAUACACGGCAACGUGCUUUGUAUUGCAGAUCGUGGUGAAGAAAGGAGACGAGAAAGGUGGCUAUCUGAAAGUCAGCACAGGGCGAAAGCUGGGCUAUUUUCCAGCUGACCUGCUGCAGGAGAUCACGGUGGUUUGAACAGAAGCGAUCGGCGAGCAGUAAAAAGCUGGAGCUCUUUGCCGAUUUCAUUUGUGCCUUUGACAGUGCUGCUGUCAGUGCAGAAGUUUUCCUAGAAAAGGGAAAUAAAUAGAAUGAAUAAAAGCAUCAAAUGUAGAAACAUAAAUAACACUGUAUAAGACAGUUGAACAAAAAAACCCCUGCCACAUAAUAAAGAAUGUUUUAUAGAAACGUUUAGUUUUAGCUUGUUCAUAUUUAUAUUUUAAAUAACAAAGGGUGCCAAAGCCAUCUACUUUUUACUGUGCAUUUCCCAAUGUAGGAAGUCGAAAUGAAUGAGACCAUAUGUUGCACUUAGAGAUUUUUUAUUUUUAUUUCAAAUGUCAUAGUUUAUUGUGUUGAGAUUUACGCUAUUUCACUCCCUAGAAACAUGUACAGAAUUUCCAUAAGCAGUCCGACUACAUAAGGAAGAUUUACUGCCACCUAGCGGUCAAAGUGCAGUAACCUUACAAUUAGAUUUUUGAGAUUUGAAAACUAAACUGCCGCAAAAAAAUAAAUGUUAAAAGGGAACAUUUAUCCACUCACUAUACUCAUCUUGAAAAUGUAAACGUUCCUACGUAACAAUUCAAUUUUGUAUAUACACAAUCACUAUGUAUUUUCAUUUCCCUCAAUAAAACUCAAAAAAUGCAAGCUCUACUUCAGCAUCACAAAGGUGUGUUGUACGUCCGGAAUAUUGAAAGUGACUUCAACAGCUUCUAUAUAUGG